AUGCUGAAAUUUUGGUGGUGGCAAUACCACAAAUGCCAGGUACCAAUAUUUAUAAUUUAUAAAUUUUAAGAAAUUACCAUUUUUUUUCAUAAAUCAGAAUCAAACAUAAUUUUAUUCUGUUCAUUUUUAUCAAGUGAAGAAUACGAUCGUUGCUUUGUGUGUCUGAGUGGAAGGAACGAAAACAUUGGAUCUGUCAACAUUCUUUUGCCAUGUGGCCAUGGAUGGUGUUGUGAUAAUUGUGGUCAACAACAAACUAUUUGUGGAAUUUGCAAGACACCAGUAGACGACACCUUUAGUAUACAAAUAAUGUUAGGAAAUGGUCAAUGGAUGGAUAAUUUGAAUAGUUUAUUGGACCCUACAGGCAGCAACUGUCUUUGUUGUAUGAGGGCCUUUAGGGAUGUAGUCAAUGGAAUUCGGUAUGUGUAUCAAAAUUGUGGCCAUGGUUGGAGAUGCGAAGAUUGUGCUGUCCCACAUCCAAACAACUGUGAGGUGUGUAAUGACACUGUUGAUGAUGUCAUUCAAAUAUUUAUAUGUUAA